AUGGCCACUCACGGGCUUGUUACUGGUCCCCCACGCACCUUUUUGUCGCUCCCCACCUCCCCUGCUCCCCCUUGCGCUCCUUGCAUCGCCGGCCGCUUACGCACCACUCCCCACUCCUCUUCCCUUCGUCCGGCCACUGCUCCCUUUGAGACCCUCCACUUGGACGUCUGGGGCCCUGCCCCGACGCAGGGUUCUGGGAGGGAGCGUUACUUUGUGGUGGUCGUCGACAACUUCUCCAGGUACCCCACAGUGUUCCCUCUCGCGAAGAAGCCCGAGGUGUCUGCCACGCUGAUCAGGUCCUUUAACCACCCUUCCCUCCACCAGUUCCUAGACUCCCGUGACGUCCGGUUUGACGAGUCUGUGUCCUACUAUUCCCGGUACCCCUGUCAAGUCGCGCGUCAGGUAGCGUCGCCCUCCCCGCAGUCCUCCUCACAGUCCCCUCAGCAGCCUUCGGCACUUCCGCGACAAGUUCCUGUGGACUCGGUUGGUGUUGGAGCUGGAGGUGCGGCUGCUGGCGGUGCCCGAUCUGGGGGUGCUCGUUCAAGGGGUGCUGAAGCUGGAGGUGCUGGCGCAGGUGGCGCUAGCUCUGGGGGUGCUGGAGCUGGAGGUGCUGGCACUGGAGGUGCUAGUUCUGGGGGUGCUGGAGUUGGAGGUGCUGGCAUUGGAGGUGCUAGUUCUGGGAGUGCCGGUGCUGGAGGCGCUGGCACUGGGGGUGCUGGGGCUGGGGGUGCUAGUGCUGGAGGCGCUGGCAUUGGAGGUGCUGGUUUGGAGGAGCCUGGAGCUGGAGUGUGA